CAAUUUGAAAAUUCUGUCAGGAAUCCCAAAAAGUCAGAUUUUCGCUUCAAAUUUAGACCUUCCUUUCUCUUUCUUGAUUCCACCGAUAUCUUCUCACUGUCCAAACUAGCAAUUCGAUCGAGGAGUAGGCUUUUGGAGGAAGAAGAAGAGGGUGGUUUCUGUUGCUUUCUCGAAACAUCAACCAGUAGACUACGAAGAUGUCUUCAGUACCUGAUGUUGCUGGAAUUGUGGAUAACUCCAAGGAACUCGAUCGGCUACGGAAAGAUCAGGAAGAGGUUCUCAUUUCCAUAAAUAAAUUGCACAAGAAACUUCAAUCCACACCUGAGAUGGUUGAGAAGCCUGGGGAUAACACCUUGGCAAAUCUUAGGGUUUUGUACACUCGAGCUAAAGAGCUUUCUGAAAGUGAAGCAACAAUAUCAGGUCAGUUGAUAAGUCAACUGGAAACACUAAUCCCAUCUGGACAACCUGGGCAGCAACGAAGAAGAAUAGAAGGUACUGAGCCGAAAAAGAAGAGAAUGAAGACCGACAUGGAUAUGCCCAGACAUUCUCAAUCUAUUCGAAAUCAGCUGGAUGCACUUGCUAGUUUGAAGGGCGAACAAGUAGCAGCUAGAGUAACACAAGAAAAUGCAGAGAAAGAUGAGUGGUUUGUCGUUAAAGUGAUUCAUUUUGACCGGGAAACAAAAGAAUUUGAAGUACUUGAUGAGGAGCCUGGUGAUGAUGAAGAGAGUGGUGGGCAGAGGAAGUACAAGUUGCCAAUGUCUCGCAUUAUACCGUUCCCAAAGAGAAAUGAUCAACCAGGUGCUCAAGAAUUCCCUCCUGGCAAACAAGUUUUGGCCGUGUAUCCUAGUACAACUGCACUGUAUAAAGCAACUGUAGUCCAACUCCUUAAGAGAAAAAACGAUGAUGCCGGUUAUGUCUUGGAAUUUGAUGAUGACGAGGAGGAAGAUGGGUCUUUGCCUCAGAGGGUUGUGCCUUUCCAUAGGGUGGUCGACCUACCUGAGGGACAUCGCCAGUGAGUAUAUAUAUAUAUAUAAUAUAUAGUAAUAAUUAUAUGUGUUUUCUUUUUAGUAUAUUUUAAAACUGAUCUAUUGUAUUAUUUGGUUUUUCAAUUUGGGAUUGUUCUAAGUAAGGGUAUGAUUUAAAGGCAUAAGUUAGGGUAAGCAAGCAAGCAAGUUGUUUGUUAGUAAAGAAUAAAUCCAACACUGGUGGUCUUCUUCUUCCUCUUCUGUUGUGAAGUUGGUUUGGAACUUUGAACAUCUGCAAUUAGAGAUGAGAACAAGUAUUUAUACUAAUAUGAUUGUGAAGUGGUGUUUCUA